GGAAAUGAAGAUGAUUGAAGCCAAUGGCAUUAGUGUCAAUUCCUUGAGGUGUGAUCUUAAAGUUCACUGUUUUAUAUGCGAUGCCCCAGCCCGUGCAUUUGUUAAACAAGUGAAAGGCCAUGCCGGAUACGAUUGUUGUGAGAAGUGUGUUCAGAAAGGUGAAUGGGAAGGAAAAUUGACAUUUCCUGUUCACCUUUCUUUACUUCAACGUGAAGAUGUUCCAUUGCGUGAUGAUGCCCGGUUCAAGGAGCAAUUCUACAAUGAUACUCAUCAGGUAGGUAUCUCACCGUUGACCGAUCUUUCACUUGGUGUUGUGUCCCAAUUCCCCUUAGAUUAUAUGCAUUUAGUAUGCCUUGGAGUGAUGAAGCGUCUUAUUUGGCUGUGGGCACGUGCCCCUAUAAAGAAACAUGCAUCAAAGUUGUCUGCUGAACACCUCAAGCAAAUUUCGGAACAUAUACUUCUUUGUCAAGAUAGUCUUCCCUCUGAAUUUCAAAGAAAAUGUCGUUCUCUAUCUGAACUGGAGAGAUGGAAGGCAACAGAAUACAGGCAGUUCCUGUUGUACCUCGGUCCUGUUGUAGUCAAGGGGUGCAUGUCAGAGCAAUGUUACAAAAACUUCUUGUCCUUUCAUGUGGCUAUCUCUUGUCUAGCCAGCGAGGCUCUUUGGCAAUCACACUGUGGGUAUGCUUAUGACCUGCUGGCGCAUUUUGUGCAUACAUUUGAAAAGCUCUAUGGGACUGGCCAAAUGGUCUACAAUGUCCACAACUGUAUUCAUCUGGCCGCAGACGUUCAAACAUUUGGACCAUUGGAUUCUUUUCCUGCAUUUGCAUUUGAAAGUUUCUUAGGGAAGCUGAAGAAGAAAAUUCGAAAACCAGAACGACCUUUAGCACAGAUAAUAAGAAGGCUCUCUGAAAUGGACAACUGUACUAUCAACGAAGAAACCAAGAAGAAGACUGAUUUACCUCGUCCGGGGACGGAUCCUGGACACGUCCCACCAGGAUAUGAUGAUGCUACUCCUUUCAAAUCGAUCUACCACGAUGGUGUGAAAUUAUCAGCUGAUACCGGUGACAACUGUUUACUCUUGGCCAACAAGAUAGUCGUUAUUCAGAAUAUCUUAGUGGAAUGUGACGUAGGAAAGGUGGUUGUAGUUAAACAUUUCAGAAGGAAAGAGGACUUCUUUACUCAUCCUAUGUCAUCAUCUCAGCUUGGUGUUUGGAAAGUUUCCCACUUGGCUCCUAACCAUGAAGUCAUCCCUUUGCCAAACCAUGUCAAGAAAUGUGUGCUGUUGCCGUACAAGGAUGGUUUUGUUGCUUUUCCAUUACUUCAUCAAUAGGCCUACAAAAUGUACUAUCUAGUUGACAGAUUCAUUCAUUCGCAUUGUUCUUCAUGGGUGGGAUGUUUGUUAAUAGAGAAUUCAAAACAAUGCAGUCGUAUUCUGUCUGAUUGAAAACUGUCAUGACUGUGGAAAUUGAAGCUAUCAAGCAAGUGAAUACAUGUAGUAGUAUCUCUCAGUGAGUCAACUUCGGAUUAGGGAUGGCACUGGAAAGUGAUCAUUCAUUGCAAGGCUCGAAAUAAAUUUUUUUGAUUUCCAGCAAUUUUCAUUUUAGAUGAAGUUUUAUGUCCCAAAUCUACAUGUACUAAUUUAAUUACUAAAUGAAUGAUUUGAAUUCUGUGGAAAAAGUUGCUAAGUUGUUGGUUCUUUGUGAAGCACUGCAAUUCCUGGCGUAGCACAAUGCGAUGUGAAACGCUUAUUUCGACCCUUGACUCGCCUCAAAAGUUAAAGCCUGUUGUGACAUCAUGAGACUUUGUGACAUUAUGUGACAAGCAGUGGCAGACCAAGACUUUUUCAAGGCAGUGCUUAGAUUGAAUAGUCUUAAAACAUUUCUGUGGUCCUCUUCUUUUUGCAAAAAUUUCCAGGGGUUGUCAGAGACCCAACCUGACACACUAGUCACUUUGCCAUCCAUCUUUGGUGGAAAUCCUUCUAGAAAUAACUGAAUUCGUCAUUUUCACUGAUAAAAUCUGUUUGCCCUGCAUGUGACAAAAGCACUGCUGAUGUGACAAACUGGCAAAAAGCUGUGAUGAUCUAGAAAUCUGUGCCUGUAAUUUACAUUUAUUCAAAAUUUAUAUUUUUGCAUGCUUUGUGUACAUAAAUGAUGUAAACAGUUUAAAUGGAUUGAAUGCAUUUCAGUAUUCUUCGAAAAACCGAAAGUAUGUCCACCUUGUACAGAUUUAAAAUAGUGCAGUUUACGAAAGAAAAAGGGGCUACCGAAGUUGUUCCCGAAGAAUGGCUCAUAAGGAACGAAACGCAAACGCUUUGGCCGUCUUACCGAACCGACGAACGCAAUCGGCUAGCCGCUGAAAAGAGGGAGACUGUUCGGAAAGAUUGGAAGUCAUACGACAUCAAAAUCCUUGGCACACAAGUUUUUUACACUGAGGCCAUAAAGGAUUUGAAUGCUUUAAUGGACCAGACCGUAACAGAUGUCGAUGACAGCCUUACUGAGGAGGAGCUUGGCCACAAAAUGGAUGGGAAUGUACGGUCAUCCACCAGGAAAGGAUGUCCUCCUCCACGCUUUGACUUGUUUAAUGAAGCCGAUCAAGCUGAAGUAAGUGGAGGAUCCAGCCCUUCACCAGAUCACUCGUUGCCGCCACAGUCACUGCAAUCUCCAACCCCUGUUAACCGUCUUUCACAACAGCAAUCCCAGCCGGUUCCAGCGUCCACCCCUGUUAUCCUCCCGCCACCACGACAGCGACUGCAAGUUCAAGCCUCAACAUCUGCUUUCCGUUCAUUGACCCGUGUUCAGUUGCCCUCACCACCACUCCAUAACAGUACACCUCAUAGAGCAAGACCAAAUAAUGAUGGAUCUGAAAGAGAUAAGCGGAUGUUUGCGUUGUUGGAACGCAUCUCCGAAGAGGUUCGCCUGGUUCAUCAGAAGGUGGACCAGCUUACUGUCAGGCAAAACAAUGGUGCUGAUGAUUCUGUAGCUGUAGAGGAGGGUAACUGGCCGGAGGAUAUCAUUCUCCCAAUUGAAACGGUGGAGGACAUGAAAGCCUUCGAAAAUCGUCUUGAGGGGGACAAAGACCUUCGAAGACUCUUCGUUCGAAAAAUGAUGCUGAAGGGUGGCAACAACCCUGAGGAUGCUGUUGCAAGGAUGAUGAGGCUGACGUGGGGGAAAGGUGUCUGCAAGGAAUUUAACUUCACAGGAAAAUCCUCAAAGGGGGUCAGAAAGGAGUCCUUCAGUGCCUUGAAGACCAUGAAGACUCUCCUCAUUAAGGCUGUCCGUAAGAACCCAGCUUCAAGACAUGCUUCUGAAGCAUUCAUCGAAGAACGUGUCAGAAGUGUUCUGAAAAACUCCAAGGAUAUGAACGGCGGCCGAAGGGAACGGGAGAACAGAAGAACAAACACUGUACGACAGGAGGAAGCUAUGGCUGAGUAGUGGAAUGCUGAUAUGCCAAUUAUCCACAACUGCCAAAAUAUCCUGCUGUCAAAUUAUCCUGUUUUCCAGUAUUUGUAUAUAAGUGCACCUCGAUUAUAACUAUAAGCGCAUAAAUAUGGUAAGAUUGUUCUGUUGAAAAUCCAUGAUUGAUGAUACAUGUAAAAAGCUAGCGAAAUAAUUCCAUGGACGGAGGGGAUCGAAUUGUUCUGUUGAGAAUCCAUGAUUGAUGAUACAUGUAAAAAGAUUGUGGAUUAAUUUUUGAACCAAUAUGCAAUUAAACGAAGAAUUCGCCAUAUAUUUUGGGAAGCAUACAUUCGAUCCCCUCCGUCCAUGGAAUUAUUUCGCUAGCUUAGAUGAUCAGGAGGACCGUGUUAACAUAGAGAAGAUUAUGGUUGUUUUGCAUUUAGCUUCGUCUGUUGCCAUGAUUUUUGUAAAUUUUUGUACAUACCGUAUCAUUUACAAGUUCCAUAGCAUUUGUGUCAAAUAUUCACUGCCAGUUCAUUUUUACGCUGGUUUCGAUGUACCGGUACGGUAAAACCGGAACAUGACAUUUUGCUUAUUGGGCAUUUAAUUUUGUGGGUGUCUGUAACUCGCAAAACUAUGAAUUAUAGGUGUUUAAACUGACAGUGCCUGGUAAGUUGGGCAUAAUCUAACUUUCCUCCUAUUUUCAGAAAUUGGCACAAAUAACCAGCAGCAAAUAUUUCCCAUGUUUAGAGAAAGUGUCAUUCAUACAUGUUGCUUGAGCAUUUUAAAGUAUCAUAAUUAUUUCUGAGCUCUACUAUUUUUGUAUUAGUCAUGAGCAUUAUUUGAGACAAAAUGGUAAAAUUUACAGGGUUUAAAAUGAAAUACAUAUCCUGCAUAGAUGUUUUAAGUGUUGCACUGCUGGUUUUUCAUUCAUACAUGUUGCUUGAGCAUUUUAAAGUAUCGUAAUUGUUUCUGAGCUCUACUAUUUUUGUACUAGUCAUGAGCAUUAUUUGAGGCAAAAUGCCAAAUGUUAACAUUACAGGGUUUAAAAUGAAAUACGUAUCCUGCAUAGAUGUUUUAAGUGUUGCACUGCUGGUUUUUCAUUAAUACAUGUUGCUUGAGCAUUUUAAAGUAUCGUAAUUGUUUCUGAGCUCUACUAUUCUUGUACUAGUCAUGAGCAUUAUUUGAGGCAAAAUCACGUGUCCUGCAUAGAUGUUUUAAGUGUUGCACUGCUGGUUUUUCAUUCAUACAUGUUGCUUGAGCAUUUUAAAGUAUCGUAAUUGUUUCUGAGCUCUACUAUUUUUGUACUAGUCAUGAGCAUUAUUUGAGGCAAAAUGGUAAAAUUUACAGGGUUUAAAAUGAAAUACGUGUCCUGCAUAGAUGUUUUAAGUGUUGCACUGCUGGUUUUUCAUUCAUACAUGACAUGUUGCUUGAGCAUUUUAAAGUAUCGUAAUUGUUUCUGAGCUCUACUAUUUUUGUACUAGUCAUGAGCAUUAUUUGAGACAAAAUGGUAAAAUUUACAGGGUUUGAAAUUAAAAAUGUAUCAUGUAUAGAUUUUUUUUUGUACUUGAAACAAAACAAUUCUUGCCAAUCGGAGUGAUUUUACAGAAUUGCAUUU